AUGGGCGCUCCCAAUGGUAAAGAGCCAUUGCCAGCACUGGGGCAUUCAAGCGACUCCGAUGGAAAUUCCCAAAUUCCCACACCCAAGUCUACAAGGACCACCUCCUUAGACCUUGCAUCCAGCCCAUCUAGCCAAUCGAGCGCCACAACUCCAGGUCUAGAGCCCCAAACCUCUACUUGCUCCAACAAGCGCAACGUCGUCCUCCACCCUCUAGAAGUGGUACCUCGAUCGAAACCGACUGUAGCUAAAGAUGGUAAGAGGGAGUUUUUGGAGGACCUACGGAAUUACAUCGCUUUGGGUAGCUUGACAUUAAGACCUAGCAUCGGCGGCGGAGCCUAUCUUCACCAGACACGUUGGAGAGAGUCAAGCGACAUCUGGUUGGCUUUUCACGAUUGUUGCGAUCUCGAGGAUGCUCAUCCAGCUUUGUCCGCACGGACAUUGGCCAAUUGUAAUUGGGCUCGGACUUUUGCUCGGAAGCAUCAACAGAACGGGGAUCUGGCUACCAUAAGGGUUUACAUUUUGCCUGAUGACGUUGGAAGACGAUAUAUCGACAGGGAUAAUGGUCACCUCCGGAAUUACUUGAUGAAGUUGUUGAAUGGGCUUGACAGAUCUCCUCUAUCGUGGGAAGGGCGAAAUCCAUCUGAAAACCACCUCGAGCAUUACAAUGGAGAGUCAAGCAACGGCGACUCACUCUUUUACCUUUUUAACACAAUACCUUCUCCAGCUGCACACCCUCCGUCCGUGUCAUGUCCCAUAUCCCAUGAAGCCAUACAGUCCGUUCUUGAGUCCGAUGAGCUGCGAGGUCUGAAGACCAAGCUCUAUCCAUACCAGAGGCGUACUGUCGCUUCGAUGAUCAAGAGAGAGGUCGAGCCCCGAAAAGCAUUAGAUCCGAGAUUGCAGUCAUUAGAAGGACCUACCGGACAGCCUUUCUACUAUGACAGAGAGACGGGAGUCUUACUCCGCGACCAACGAACGUAUGAGGAGGCGCGUGGCGGCAUACUGGGCGAAUCCAUGGGUCUUGGUAAGACACUGAUCUGUCUAGCCACGAUACUUGCUACCAAGGGACAUUGGCCAGAGAUACCUCCUGAACACUCGCUUGGAUUACUCUCCGUGCGGCCGGAAGUUGGGUCGCUCAUGCAGAUGGCCGCAGCUGCUGUUGGUCGUGCUCAAGUACCUUGGAGGGCCAUUUUCCAUGAUCUAUCCCAUGAAGGCGAAGACCACAAGAAUUGUCUUGCUCUUUUGGAAGACAAUGUUGGCUCCUAUGUCAUCUCUCCGUCAGUCACUAGACGCAGUCACCGCCCGUCACAAAUACAGAAAGGAAAGACGAUACACCUCACUACCGCUACUUUGAUCAUAGUGCCCCAGAACCUUUUGAGCCAAUGGAAGGACGAGAUCAGCCUGCAUGUCGAAGAACAUCUUCUCAAGGUGUUUUACCUCGAUUCUGACACAAUCACAGUCCCGUCAGCAGCCAAAUUGAUGAAAUACGAUAUCAUCCUCAUGUCGAGACAGCGAUUCGAGCGAGAAAUGGUUCCCAAAGGGAGCGCAAAGGCGCAGUCCAAGUCCAAGUCCAGGUUCAAAGGUGUGUACGUCGCGAGCAAACGUUCCCUCUUCUGGGCCAAUUCACGGGUCGAUCACCCCUUGGGCUGUCUCAGUAUUCGGCUUUCUGCUUUCAAGAAGGAUGGCUGA